AUGUAUGUAAUAACAUGUGCUCUUGACGUAAUUAAGAAAGAAAAGACAACAACAACAACAACAACAACAACAACAACAACAACAACAACAACAACAACAAAAACACCAUCAAUCAUGUUUGUUCACGUCUACAAUAAUUUAAAAGUAGAAUAUAUACGUACUUUAAUGAGUUCUUCGAAAUUAAUGAAUAAUAAAUGUGGAAACUUCGGAUUUCAUCCGAGAGUUAUGUGUACUGCAAAAAUUACAUGA